AUGGCAGAGGAACCCCGUCGUUCAUCCAGGACCAACAAGGGCCAACACACAGGCAGAGAUCUGUUCGACGUGUACUAUAAACCGGAAGAUGAGCCACCAGCAAAAAGACACAAAGGCGACGCCGAGUACAGCAUCGACCAAGCGCCUGGAAGUGAAAGUGACGAAGAUCUUCAAUUUGAGAAGGACAACAAUAGUGAUGCCAAUGAGGAAGGUGAGGUGAGAUGUGAUCCCUGUGGAACGACUCAGGACAAUUAUGACGAGGAAACCGACGAAGGUGGCACCAUGAUUGAAUGUGACAAAUGCCGUACCUGGCAGCAUGCCCGGUGCAUGGGAUUUAGGAGCGAGACGCUGAUUCCAGACAAGUACAACUGCAAUCGAUGUGCUGAGCCACAACAAAACGUGUUAGUCAGUCGAAGAAGGCCAUCGAUGGAAAAGAAGAUUUGGAAGAAACCAACGAGUGCAUCAAGUGCGGCAACGAAAACCAGAGAGAGUGUGGAAAAAGCGUUGAAGAACGUGAUUGUGAAGCAUGGGAAGUUCGAUGCGGACUCCAUUGCAAAGAAGCUUGAGGAGGCCGUUUUCCAGUGGUCAGGGUUGACGCCAAAUAAGAAAUACAUAGACAAGAGUAGAAGCGUAAUGGCUUUGGUGAAAAAAGAAGCUGUGGCAAGCAAGCUUGCCGAUGGCUCGUUAUCAUUUCUGGAUGCCGUUUCAAAGCCUCCGGAGGAGAUAGAUAGAGACUUGAAGGAGUAUGCCGAAAAGGUACGUCAAGAGUCUAUUCGUCGUUCUGUACUUGUUGUCGAGGAUCCACUGAGCCAACGUAUACGCCGUACUCACAAAGGUGAAGAGGUAGUGGAAACUAGCAACAAUCCUCUGGAAGCUGAAGAUGUCAGUCUUAUUACUAGAACUGUCGACCACCGCAAGUUUAAAGAGGAAUCGCCUACUCCCAGAGAAACUAUCAAGACCGAUCCGCUGGCACCAAAAGUUUAUCAUUAUGCUGAUGAUGACGAAGAUGAAAAAGAUGCCGAACCCCAAGAAGAUCACGAGAAUGCUGAGCCACAGGAUGAGAAGAAGAAGAAUGAUGAUCUCAGUGAUGAUGAGCUUGAUUUUAUUUUGAAGGGGCCUAGUACGCCACAACCAGAGAAGCCGAAACCGGCACCUGUUAAAGAACAACCUAAGGUCAAGUUACCGCCUACAAUGCCCGUGAAGUUUUGGUCAGGCGAGAUUGUUUUUCCAGACUUUGCUGCUUUUGAUGCAAAAGCCGAAUUUAUCAGUUGUACAAAAUACCAGAAGCCGAAGGACAAUGUCACUGUAAGCUUCCAUAACAGGGUUAUUCGCGUCAGCAAGGAGUUGUUAGAGCGACCCAAAUAUCUCAUCGAAGGCCGCUUGGACCGCUCAAGAGCUGACCCCUACCUCUCGAAGAUCACAACUUCGAGAGACUUGUACGUUGUUAAACUCAACCCCGUGGAUAGACAAGAAGAGUUUCAUAGGUUGUACGACUACUUGCUUCAAAAGAACAAGGUAGGGGUCUUGUCCAACAGGGCUGCUUGUGCUAAAGAUGCGUACGUUUUUGCUUUGAACAGCAAUAAUGUGCCAGAAUACCUAAACUUCGCUAACCUUGGAGCUGGAGAAGGGCUUUAUGCCAUUUUUGUUGUUAAGAAGGACUACAUACCUGUUGGAAAGAGUAUUCUCAAGAAAUCUCCCUCUACGACACAGCCGCAGAUGGCGCCGUCACAACCUCCGGCAGAUCUCAACUCGAUCUUGCUGAAGCUUAGUGGAAUAUCUGGCAACAACAGUGCUCCCCAAAUGAACCACUCUGGGCCACACUCUCAUCAACAGCAACAUCCUUCUCAUUUGCCGCCUAUUCCUCCACAAUAUGGCCAAUUCCAAGAGCCUCAGAAUCUUUCACAAGAUCAAAUCAACUAUCUCUCUAAUUUGGUGAAUCAAAAUCCUCAUGUACAACAAAAUCCUCAGGCACUCCUCCAUUUAUUGCAUCAGGCAGAGCAAGGUGGACAUAAUCCAUAUCGUUAG